GCAGAGUCUCAGUUUACCAGCAGGCCGCUCUUCACUUUCACUUCCUCUUCACUCGGUGGUUCUUUCACUGUGAAUUUAUCCACAGAGGAACUUCCUGUUCUCUCCGAACACGGACACGUUCUGUGUUUUCAGGACUGACCCGGACUCUCUCUGGUUUCCUGGACCUCCUGAACCAACGGACGGUAAGAGGGUGACAGAGUCCUAAUCCAGACCGGUGAGGACGAGUCAGGCUGUUACUGGUUGGUCUGGUGUGAUUGUGUUGCAGAUCAGCUGACUGGGUGUGAUGGCAUUGCCACAGAAGACCACCACAGACCAGACGGAGACGGAGCGACCUCGAGCUUCAGAUGAAGCUCCCAGUUGUUCCAGUUUGACCACUAAGGAGCUGCAGCAGAACCUGAGGGCAGUGAAGCAGAGAGAGCGGCUCGUCAGACUGCUGUUUGAAAUCCCCUCCACUCGCAUCGUUGACCAGGCUCUGUCUAAAUAUGUGGUGUAUGAGAUUGUGGUGAUGCGUUCAGGCAGCUUCGAUUCCCACCGUGUUUCCGUUGAGCGCCGUUAUAGCGACUUUUCCCGCUUCCACCACAAACUGCAGGAGGAGUUUGGCGAGGAGCUGGAGGAGGUGCUCCUCCCCCGCAAACUGCUGACGGGGAACUUCAGCCCUGACAUCAUCUCUGAGCGCCGCCUGGCCCUCCAGGAUUACUUGGCGAAGCUGUACUCCGUUCGCUGCGCGCGACACUCGCCGCACUUCCCCACGUUCUUCACCGAGCAGGAGCAGCGGCGGGCGCACAGUCUGCUGAGGGCGGGGCAGUUUCAGGCGGCUCUGCAGCAGCUGCAGGUGGUUCUGGAGAUCCAGGAGAAGCUGUUACCGUGGCAGAGCCCCACCCUGAUCGUACCCACCGUCUGCGCCCUGGCCAUCUGUUAUCGGGACCUGGAGCAGCCGGAGCAGGCAUUCGCCGCCGCUCAGAGGGCGCUGCCUCCGGUGCGGCGGUACGGACUCAAACGCUACAGGGCGUCUCUGCUGGACCUGCUGGUGGAUUUAGGGUACGAGCUGGGUCGGCCUGUGGCCCAGAUCCAGGACGAGCUGAGGGCGCUGAGAGACGCUGAGAGAGGAGAGGUGACCUCCCGCUCUCUGAAGGAGCUGGUCGUUCAGGAGUUUGUCUGAAGACGAGGCUGAUUGUGGGACCCUGGCCCCGGACCCUGAACAGACUGAACUGAAGACAGAAGCAGUUCCUUAUAUAAUACUGAUGUUUAUAUUGUCCUAAACAAUCAGGAACAACAAAGUGAAUCUUGAGCUCUUUACAUCAAACCCACAGAGCCGAGGACAGAGACCGAGGCUGUCCUUUACUUCAGGUGAUGUUCAGUAUAUUUACUGUGUGUGUAGAUCAACCUGCUCUGUCAUCUCUGCAGAGGAACCUGUGUGUCAACCUGUUGCUGCUUCUCAACACAGAUUACUCAACACUCCAACUGUUUCAACAAAACGAAGGAGAACUGCUGAGACGUCUGAAAUUACCCAAGAACCGAUUUCACUGUUUGUUCCGUUUUUCUUCAGGUCACUCACUGCGAACAUCGCACCACAUACACACUAAUGUAAACAUCUGUAAAGGUCCUGAAACGAUCAUGAAACUUUAAGAGUCACUGUGUAAAAACUAUGACGGUUAUUUAAAUGUUGGACACAAGAAAAACUGAAGGAAAGUUUCUGAACAUUUUGACUUUUGAAAGGAGUUUCUAGCUGAAAGUAUGAAUGAGUAGAAGGGGUCUGUCCAUUCAUUUCUACGGGAGAAACUGCAGAAAAAAUGGAAUAUUUCAAAAAGUAUGAAAUAUAUCAAUAAACUGAAUACACCUGAUAAUGUUCUUAAUGUUUUUAUGACUCUUUAUACCUUACCAUACUGUGACAUUUCUAUGACGUUUUUAAUGCUUUAUUAUACUAUGACAUUUUUUUUACUUUAUUGCCAUAUUCAAACAGUAGCAGGCAAUUAACAUUACAGAACAGAACCACCUUGAGCCUGGGCCUCACCUCACAUACAUGCACCCAUACAAUAGGUAGGAUAGCACCUUGUAGGAGUAGAGCCUUCCCCCAAAUACCUCAAUUCAGAUAUGCAUACACCUGCAUACACACAUACAUAUAUACAAAUACAUCUACACAAACAUACACACAUGUACAGAUACACAGACAUAAAGCGAACAAAGAUCCUAACUAACGUGAUCAAUAACUGAAGCCCAUCUUCUUGUAAAAUGAGGUAACUGUAGCUGGGCAGUCAUGUGAUUCAUCAUAUAGACAUGUUUGAUCUUUUCUAGCCACUGAAGGACUGUUGGAGGGUUACGCUUCAUCCAACUUAUAGUAAUUGUUUUUCUUGCAACCUUUAACAGAUAUUGCAGUAUGUAACAGUGAUAUGUAUUAAACCAAUGUUCAGGCAUUAUUUCCAGUAAAUACAAUAGUGGGUCCAUGGAGAUGUCUUUCUCCAAAGUUUUGUCCAAUUCUUCUUUAAUGUUUUUCCAAAAUGUCUGUAUUUUUAGGGCAGUCCAAGAAUAUGUGUGUCUGGUCCCAGACCAUACAACAUUUUCUUCAACAUUUGUUGGUAUAAUUGUUCUAUGACGUUUUUGAUGCCUUACUACUUAUUAGUUUUAUAUUUAUGUGACUUCUACAUUCA